CCAAGCGUCCUGUAAGUCGUGAGCAGCUACGCGCCAAGUUUGUGUUCUUGGCGGGUGCCGCGGGUCACGUGGCACUCUCAAAAGUACCAGUCGGUGGGUGUCUGGGUCCCGGUGAGACCGGCAGCGAUUUAAAGCUAAAGCGUCGCCAGACACGUGGGGGCCCGCCGUAUUCCGGCAACUUUGAACCAGUGUGAUGGAGAAGGCUUCAGUCAACGGGGCCCACAAGGAUGUUGCCCUAUGGGCCUCCCAUGAUAAGAUGCUGGUGCAGCCACUCAAGGACAGCGACAUUGAGGUUUACAACAUCAUUAAGAAGGAGAGUAAUCGGCAGAGGAUUGGAUUGGAGCUGAUUGCCUCAGAGAAUUUCGCCAGCCGAGCAGUAUUGGAGGCCCUGGGCUCUUGCCUAAAUAACAAAUACUCUGAGGGGUAUCCUGGGCAGAGGUAUUAUGGCGGGAAUGAGUUCGUUGAUGAACUGGAGAUACUAUGUCAGAAGCGAGCGCUGCAGGCCUACCAUCUGGACCCUAAGUGCUGGGGGGUCAAUGUCCAGCCAUACUCAGGUUCCCCUGCAAACUUCGCAGUAUACACUGCCCUGGUAGAGCCCCAUGGGCGUAUCAUGGGCCUGGACCUGCCUGAUGGAGGCCAUUUGACCCAUGGGUUCAUGACUGACAAGAAGAAAGUCUCAGCAACAUCCAUCUUCUUUGAGUCCAUGCCAUAUAAGGUAUACCCAGACUCUGGCUACAUCAACUAUGACCAGCUGGAGGAGAAUGCCCGCCUCUUCCACCCAAAAUUGAUCAUUGCAGGUAAGGAGCAGGGUAGCACCACAGCCUCCUACACAGGAUGUAAAGAUGGUCUUGCCCCAUUGGGUGCCAGUGGCUCACAUCUGGCUGGGAAGGUGGCCCUGGGUUCAAUUCCUCAGCACCACAUAACCACCAGCGCCCGGCGGGUUAUGUUCUUAUAAUGUCUUUCUUCCCCAGGUGUGCGCAGUGUUGAUCCCAAGACUGGCAAAGAGAUUAUGUAUGAACUGGAAUCGCUCAUUAACUCUGCAGUAUUCCCAGGCCUGCAAGGGGGUCCCCAUAACCAUGCUAUUGCUGGGGUUGCUGUGGCCCUGAAGCAAGCCAUGAGUGUGGAAUUCAAAGUCUAUCAGCUGCAGGUCGUAGCCAACUGCAGGGCUCUGUCUGAGACCCUCACAGAGCUGGGCUACAAAAUAGUCACAGGUGGUUCUGACAACCAUUUGAUCCUUGUGGAUCUCCGUUCCAAGGGUACAGAUGGUGGAAGGGCUGAGAAGGUGCUAGAAGCCUGUUCUAUUGCCUGCAACAAGAAUACUUGCCCAGGUGACAAAAGUGCCCUGCGGCCCAGUGGACUGCGACUGGGGACCCCAGCACUGACUUCUCGAGGACUUUUGGAAAAAGACUUCCAAAAGGUAGCACACUUUAUCCACAGAGGUAAGGAUCUGUAUUUGGAAGUCUGGCAGGUUACUGUCAUGCCUAAGAUUAUCUAG